GAAGGCUUUGCUAAACUUGUGCUAUUUAAUCAUGUGUAACCGAUGAACACUGGUGCGCUAAGAACGUGCGCGGAGAUCUUGUGAUUCCAACACAAACACAGAGCGCCGCCGAUAGGUGAGAACAUCUAAAGGUCGGGGUGUCUUGUAUCGAAGGUCUAAAUAUGUAGACCGAUACUGUGUCCCGCUUCUCGAGUGAAGCGGAGUGCGGUGUAUAGCCUUGCUGAGUGCACCCGAGAGGAAAGAGAGCCCCUGUUCACAUUCUGUCACGCUAUUGCUGGCCGGAUGGGAAUGGCAAAACGUCUGCCUAUAGGAUUUUUUAAUACUAUUUUUUUUAUACAUCUUUAUCGACACUGCGUGGUUUCGGACCAAAUGUGUUCACUUCUUUGACUUCCGAUGAUAUUGGAACUGGUGUUUUGUUGUGGGAUACGCUGAACCGUGAUAAUGGUGGCGAGUGGUGGGGAGCCGAAAACAGAUGCUUAGCGCCCGCUAUUUGACAGAAUCGUGGUGUUGGAUAGCGCCGAACUCUGAUUUCUUUCGAAUCGUAGAGUGUUUGUGCGAGGUGGAAAAAGGGUCUUGUCGUUGCGCGCCUUGUUACAAUAACUGAUACUAUAAGCAUAUAUGAGUGGAUAAGAAUAUGAUUUUGGGAAUCAAAUUCUAGUCUGUAUCAGCAUUAUGCAUCGGUUACUGUACGUUCAAGUGCUUAUUUGGGUUUGUCCAGUUCAAUUUUGUGGCGCUCGGAACCCAACAAAGUUACAAAGAACAUUAAUCUAUUGUUGUUGUUGUUCAUGUCAGUUUCGGCUGCUGUAGAAUUUCUUGUUGGAAUAAAAGGAGGAUAUGUGGAGGAUUUAUACAAUGGAUAAAGAUUAAAUAUUCGUAUUAAUGGGAUGAGCGCGAUAGAUUUAGAAGAAAUUGAGAGAGGGCCAUGAUAGGCUGUACUGCGUGCACAUUGAAGGGCUCCAUGAUGAGACAAGAUGUAUUAGUGCAUUGUCUCUGAAACGUUUCAAACAAAAAUAAUGUAAAUUAAGCCUCAUACAAUAGUCACAUAAAGAAAAACCCGAAAGAAUCAAUCACCGAGAUUGAAUAGGGAUUCGUUGGCGCCCACCAACCGUUUGAAUAUGUUUCUAGAUUUCCUAAAUUAUACUACAAAUAUUUCAUAAUGUGAUAACUGUAUUAAAUUUAGUGUAAGUCUUUAAUUUAAAUUGAUUUACUCAGUUGUUAAUUACUCUAGUUAUGUAGAGCGCACUUAAUCUACUUAACUAAUCGUUUAUCUACUGCUUGUCUGGACGUUGAAGAUGGAAAAGAUCUGCGAGAUAUGGAAUGCAGCGCACUUGCUGUGGCGUAACAUGCACUCACAGCAAUUUAUACUUAUAAUACUGUUAGCACUGCCGCGCACAAGCUCAGACAUCCGCACUGAAUGGCGUACGCAACGAAGAUCAACUCCGAUAAUAGAAGAUUAUUAAAACAGCUGUCGCUCUUAACUCUGAAUUGAAGCUUCCGUUAGUAAAAGCGCUUUGAUUUCAUCGUAUUGUUCAACAGUACUAUCGACCUAGUUCACCACAAUACAAAUCCGUUGUUUGUUGAACUGCUACUACGUUUUGUUGGACUUUAGAUAUUUGUGCCAUGUCAAAUCUUUGAGCUUAACUAAUGAUAUUAUCCCGUUGAAUUCGAUUACACUUGGUUAAUUCGAAAGUUACAGAAAAAAGGUGUUAAUUCUGUAAUGCUAUAACACAAUAUUCAUGUAUCAAAAGUAUUAAUGUUUUUUUCGUGUAGCAUUUCCUUUGGUAAUUAUAGGACACCUUACUUAUAAUCGAGAAUUUUAGGAGUCGAGCACAGAUAUACCUAAUCAAAUGUAUCAAAUACAUUUUCAAUUUUUUUCUUUCAAUUUACAGAAAGAAACAAAAAUUUUGAGAUUAAAAUAUAAAGCCUUGUUUUCUCCUUGGCAAGUAAAGAGACGUAUUAUCUAAGAUCCUUUAUUUUUUUUCUAUCAAUAUACUAUAAAUAAGACAUUUAUGCACGAGUAAGUUGCCUUCAAAUUUUUAACAAUAGAUCGUGUGCAAACGUUUUUCUGACUAUUAAUAUUUUGACCCUAUUCUCAGCAAAACAAACCAUUUAUUCACGUAUUUGGUUUUGAUUAGUACACUUUUUAAGAGAGUGCAGUCGCGUCUACACCUCUACAAGUUUCAAUAAAGCAACUUAAUGGUUAAUAGUUCUCGUUCAGAGCCAUCAUAUUUGAUUUAAGAAUGUACUAUUGUCUUGACGAAGCUGAAAACUCUCAAAUCAAACAUACAAGAUUACUUUUUGUUCUCUGGGGCUUUUACGUCAUAAUUUUUACGGAUGAUAACAAUAAUAUCUAUCUACUAGUGCUCGUAGCACAAGAUCCAGGGCGCUAUCUUGAAAAAACAAAACAAUCAUAUAAAUUGUACAAGCAAUUCAAAACGUGUAGCUUUUACCGUAACAGCUAUAACGUUGACUACGUGGUCGUGACGGGCUUCUAUGCUUGUAGUCAAGUCGAUAAAUGAUUACAGGGUCGCCAACGGUAGUAGACACAAGAUGUCGUUCUUCUACGCUGUUGAAGACGGUGAAGCUGCGGUUGCUGAGGGGCCCAGCGUAUCGCAACCGCCACCCGGUUCCGGGGCUCGAAUGUGCUGUGAUGUGUUUGGUCCAUAUGAACUUCGCGCACCUCCUCUUUCACAACAUCAUCCUUCAAGAGAUGAUUUACGGGACCUUGACAGGGACCGAUGGAUUCCACAAAUUGAUCCAACUGCAGGUUUAGACGAGCGGUUAGGACAUCGAAGACGUGACGAUCAACAGAAGCCAUCAGACCCUCAGCAACAGGAUCAACAACACCCACUCCAGCAACAACAUCAGCAACAAUCGCAGCAGCCGGGGUCUUUAAGCGGGAUGCCACCAGACGCACAACAUAACGACGAACUUGAUUUAGUAGUUGAAAGAGGGAUUGGUCCAUUUCUUAUGAGAUAUCGCAAACAAGUGGGACCUCAUCGGCUAUACUCUUGCCGCUUUGCUCGAGUCAAAGGAGCUCGGUGUCACGCUUACGCGAUACUUACACAUGACGGUGGCUUCGUAAGAAGAAAACACGCACACAAUCAUCGACCGGAACCGACGCUUCCAAUACCGCUGGACCGAGGACUUCGUCUUCCACCGCCACCGUCAUUUGAGGAGGCCUCAGCUGUCCUUCUGACGGGGAACAUGCGUGCUUUUCCUCGACCCCCGGAAGAAUUCGCCACCUCGAUGCCUGUCUGGAACACCGAUCGAACAGAACUAGUCGAAACGGAGAUUACUGAAGAGAACUGCCAAAGAUUGGCUAAAAAAGCAACCAUGGAGGUGGUUGAUGGAAAAAAAGUGUAUCACUGCCCAGUGCCAGAAUGCAGUUAUACGUUUGCCACACUAACCAACGUAUAUGGCCAUAUGAGGCUACACGUUCGGGGACAUCGUAUUCGAAAUUCUGGAAAGGCUCCUGAGAAACUCUGCCCUUUGUGUCGACAGGAGCAAGGCGAUCACGCGAGGCUUGUCCGCCAUAUCGUCGAUGAUCAUGGUCAACGACUCGAGUGCACCGAACAUGAAUUCGAAAACGUGGCUGCUUUCAAGCGCUGGAAAAAACUAACCGAAGAACAAGACUUGUCGACGUUUAUCAUUGGCAAACCUCAGUGGCGACAAUUAGCUGGCCAAUAUAGCUGCCUACGAAGUGGGCGAAUUGCAGGGGAAGCAGCGGAUUGGGCAGCAAGACGAAAAUUAGGAGUUGAAUGUCCAGCAGCCAUGGUCGUCACCAAAGCACCGCACAGUGAACGAAUCCUCGUAACCUAUUGGAGAACCCAUAUUGGCCAUAAACCCAGCUUGCUAGAUUUUGGUUUGUCAGUCGAAACGCAGAUGUGGAUCAAGGAUUUGGUGGAGCGCGGCUACAAACGAAGGGCCAUCAUCCUGGAGGGCGCAAAACGUUACUUCGGCCAGAAUCUGAGUAGGGUACACUGUCUGGAUAAUAACCUAUUCCAGAUUGUCUUCAAGAAGUAUGGAGUGGACGACAAAAACGGAAGCAUUGAUGUGCCUGUAAAAGUCAGCGACAACAUAAAUUACUUAAGGGUGUUCCUCGCACGAAAUAUCCAUGAUCACCUCUCCGAACGAGCUUUAGGAGGAGCUGACGUCGAGGGAAAAGUUUAUGAAGAAAAAGCCAGAAUUGACCCUCACGACACAAUUAAACCUGGUGAGGUACGUGUGGUGCUGCAUAGGCCUUCUGGCCACUACCACUUGGACGGAUUGAACAAUCAGAAAGUGUGCAAAAAGGAAAAUAUCACAACGGUUGUUUUUCCAAGAAAGUCGCCUCACGUGACAUGCGAACGGCGGUGUGAUGAAUGUGGAGUUUGUGUCCACAGGUACGGUUGCACCUGUCGCACGUACAUGUACAUGGAUCGAAUGUGCCCGCACAUUCAUGUGGUAGCCGGGAAACAAGGAAAUCCAGGACCCGAAUGGGUGGAAGAGAGUCUCGCCGAAGACACAAUUGGGCUUCCAGAGUGUUUGCGUAGAUUACACCGCCUCAACUACAGGGAACGUAUGGUGACGCUACAACCGCUUAUCGACGAAUUCGUUGACCUAUUAAAGGGUGACCACAACGUCGAUUUAGACCAACUGGAAAGCGUACUAAGGUCGGGCCUUGAAGUAAUGCGUUCUUCAAAAGCGUCACUCCAAUCUACUCGUGAUGAUGAGGCGCGUCGAUGCAAAGCGUUGGAAGUAAAAAAGAUGCGAAAAAGCUGUCGUAAAGGGGAACCUGACUUUGAAGUAAUCAUUUCACCUGGAAAGGAAGCUGAACUGCGUGAACGGCAAAUGGAGGAAAGUCAAGCCGGAAAAGUACCUUCUCCGAUGGGAGUGUUCGUGCCUAUGGCUUUCCACGUCAAGCGGGAGCCUAUUGUUGAAGAGGUGACUGGCGAAGAUAUUAAGUCCACAAUAGACACCGAAGUCAAAACCGAAGCAACUGAAGAAGAGAACUCGGAGCUACGUGGCGUGAAACGCCGUCUAACUGAAGAACUGCAGGCAACUCCUGAUACGACGUGGCAGUUUGGUGAGCUCAUUCUACCAGAUGGUACGAAACAGAGUGGUUAUGUAGCUAAAGUUAAUCGACCACCUGCUGGUUCAGACGUGGUCACGCUUCAACCACGCUUAUCUCUCCCGACCGGCGCAGGUGCAGCAGUGCUCAAAGUACGCGCGCCCGCUCCUACGACUUCACAAACAGAUUGUUCGGCCAGCCCUGCAACGCCUCGCGGACGGCCAAUUGUUGUUCGCAGCUCGCGAAAGGGCCCGGCUACAUUGCGGCGCUCCGGUGGUCCGACCAAAGGGAGUGCGACCGCCCGGUUGGUUGCUAAAGCUGCCACUGCUGAGGCCACAGUAGAAGCAGCUAAUAACCUAAUUAGCACGGAAAUGCCUACACCUAGUCAGGAGAAAGCUUCGAGCUCAACACAAGCCUGUAUGCCUGUGGGCACUGUAGCAGUGGCAGGAACAGCAGUGACAGCAAAGACGAUACCGAAUUCGACAGUACCACGACCAGUGGCUCCGGUUCCGCCACGACUUCGCGUACGGCCCACGGCACCUAGACCGCCUGGGAUAAGAACAUCGAUGACGACGCCUCGUCUCGUGGUGCCAAUGCGAACUUCAAGGUAUACUCCAAUGGUACCGCGAACCCCUGGGCCUACGGCCUGCGUUGCUGCACCGGGUGGACCAGUUAAAGCGUUUCGGCCUACGCCAAUCACUACACCGGUACCUAAAUCCCCUCGACCUCCAGCUGCACGCCCUUCACCACCGACACAUGCUCGCGUUUACUCAGUUAGGGCUAUUGCGCCUACUUCAGGACAAAAACCUGUACGAGUUCAGGCACCAGCCGCUCAAACAAUGAUUGUUCGAGCUUCAGUAGCUGGUGUCGGUAUGAACCCCGUGAUGCAGCGACCUGCGGCGACAGCCACGAGCGCAAAAAAGGAAUCUGGAGCCGUGAAGGUUGAACGUGAUACGGUGUGAACCAAACAACAGGAGCCUAGUUAUAUGUGUGGUGGCCUGCUCUCUGGUGGUACAACAUUAUGCAAUAUACCAUUACUAGCUACUAUAAAAUUAUCAUAUAUACUAUGAUUACCAUUACUAAUAAUGGCAGCCUCAAUGUCGAAUAUAUAAACAAUACGUUUACACCAAAAAUGUAUUUACCAGUCUUGAAAAGGCCAGCCAUAGAACUGCAUGAAGUUAAUUGGUUUUCUUGGUAACGAGGUAGCAGAAGUUAUGUCAGCAUGCCGCUUCCAGAUGUGACAAGCAAACGGAUAAGCAAAAACAAAACUAGCUGUAAGAUAUGGUACAACAACUCUUUUACUAAAGUAAAAUAAAGCUAAACAACCAUUUACAUUAUAUUGCCCUGAAGGCGGUAAUCAGUCAAUAAGUUUGUGAUUUCAUAUUUGACUGUGGUUUCCACAACAGACAGCUGCUCGAUAUUUAUAAAAAUAUAUUUAUUUUCUCAAUGAAAGAGCUUCUAUCUCCCAUGUAGACACUCCCUGAAGUAAUGUAUGUAAACAUAGAUAGUAAAAUGUGCAUUCGAAUUGUGUGAAUAUUUCCAAAGAGUAGUAAAUUAAUGUAAUACAAAUCUCAAAUAAUGCAUAUGCAAUGAAAAACCUAAGUCGUUUUAACAUUUUUGUGAUAUAGUAAAUUUUUUAUUUAUAACACUGCAAUUACGUGCAAAUUAUAAGAAUCAUGUCUAUACACAUUGUGCGUAUACAGAAAUCGCUCAACUAAAGGGUACGUUUGGCUGCAAACAUCUUGAACACCAAUCGAUGCUCUGUGCCUGAACAUACAAGAAGAAUGAAGCGUUGUUUUUGUUUGUUUGUUUGAAGCUUAUUUUUAAUUUGAUCUUUCAAACAAAAACUAAAAAUAAGCGGUUAUGUUAUGUUAUGUUCAAAUAUUGAUAUUUAUGUACAUAAUCAGGUUAGAUCAUAUACUCGGAAACUCGUUUGUGAUGAAUUACCGUGGGUAACAUUAGUCAAGAUUUACGUAUCCACGUAAAUAGAUUCGAAGUAUCAUGAGCUGUGCUAUAUUUACAAAUGUAUUCCUACCUAAUUAUUUUAUUAAUUCUAUGUUUUUGUGUAGUACUUGUGCUAUAGAAAGAACCUCAUAGAAAAGUAUACCAUUGAAGCACUGAUUUGUAGGUACGAAAUCGGUGCAUCUAUAUAAAAAAUUGAUUUAAUUGUGCAUAGUGUCAUUGACUAUAUAUUACUGUGCAUAGUACGUGAGCAACACUCAGCAAUGAGCGAUUUAGAAUAAUCAGUGACAGCAUCGCGACCAGUGUCACAUAUGCAAAAUAAAAUCUA